UGUGAUGCUCCUAUACAGACAGGGAUCCCCUUUACCCUACCAGCCGAAGGGGAGGCGGCAAUGGCAGGAACUCUUGCUGCCUUGUGUCCUGGCCUUUUAAAGGGACCUUAUUCCAGACCUUUCUGAAGCCAGACCCCACAUGGGGAACAUGCCCUGCCUUGGCUCUCUCUGUGAAAGAGCCCGGGAUUAUCUGCACAAGACUGGAAGGUUCAUUGUAAUUGGUGGAAUCGUCUCACCUGUACAUGACUCCUAUGGGAAGCAGGGCCUGGUCUCCAGCCGACACCGUCUGACCAUGUGCCAACUGGCCGUUCAGUCCUCUGACUGGAUCAGGGUGGACCCCUGGGAGUGCUAUCAGGACACCUGGCAGACUACCUGCAGCGUACUGGAACACCACCGUGAUCUGAUGAAGCGAGUGACUGGCUGCAUCCUCUCCAAUGUGAACACGCCUUCCAUGACCCCAGUGAUUGGACAGCCCCAGAAUGAGUCUCCACAGCCCAUUUACCAGAACAGCAAUGUUUCCAACAAGCCCACAGCAGCAAAGAUCUUGGGGAAGAUGGGAGAAAGCCUGAGCCGGAUUUGCUGUGUCCGUCCACCAAUGGAGCGCUUCACCUUUGUGGAUGAGAAUGCGAAUUUGGGGACCGUGAUGAGAUACGAGGAGAUUGAGCUUCGUAUCUUAUUGCUUUGUGGCAGUGACCUGCUGGAGUCCUUCUGUAUCCCAGGCCUCUGGAAUGAGUCUGAUAUGGAGGUGAUUGUCGGGGACUUUGGGAUCGUGGUGGUGCCUCGGGACGGCACAGACACAGACCGGAUUAUGAACCAUUCCUCAAUACUCCGCAAGUACAAAAACAACAUCCUGGUUGUGAAGGAUGACGUGAACCACCCAAUGUCUGUCGUCAGUUCAACUAAAAGCAGACUGGCCCUGCAGCACGGGGAUGGACACGUUGUGGAUUACCUGUCUCAGCCCGUCAUUGACUACAUCCUCAAGAGCCAGCUGUAUAUCAACGCCUCUGGUUAAAGCCUGAGGCGCUGCAGCAAGGCAGCCCCACUGCUCCACUUCCCUCCAGCUCUCCAUCACACUUCUCGCUCUCUGUGUGUCUGUCUCUCUCUCUCUCACAGCCUCCGGCGCGUCCGCCUGUCUCACUCACUGACUCUAGCGCUCCAUAGUGCAGGAAUCUCCAGGGAGCUGUGGCAAACCCCCAAUGGUACACAGCUCGGCAAUCUGCUUUGGAGAACCCUUCCCCUUCAUACACCGGGGAGCAGGGGGUACGGUAAAUAGAGAUGUACCCAGCAUGCUUUAGGGAGGUGGCUCUGGUGUCCACCUUCCCAGCAUGCCCUAGGGAAGUGACCCUGGUGUUCAUCUUCCCAGCAUGCUCCAGGAACAGGGGCUCAGUCUUUUCCCAUCUUACGGCACUUAAGCUAAAUAAAACACGGUGGAUCUUUUUAUUAAUAGUUUUAGUGUGAGCCCCUUGGCCUCGCGACAUGAUGCACUAUAUCUGUGCUUGGCAAUGGGAGAUCCUAACCCACUUGGCUCAAUGCCCAGACUUGGGCUAGGCUGAGAGCGCUGCUCAGGCCACUUAUGGGACAGUUUAGCUUUGAAGUAAAAAAGAACUGUGAAAAUUCUGAAAUGGUUUUCUGAGCUAAGGCUUGGGGGGUGGGGGCAGCGGGGGAAGCACACCUCAGCCUGGCAGCAAUUGCUUCUGCUGUAGAUAAUUAUUCAUUUGGAGGGGCCUCCUUUAAUCUUCACUUGACAUGAACCUGGUCACUCCAGGAUGUCCCUUAAGUGGUCAUGCUGUAUUUGAGUCUCAGAUGGCGGGUACCUGACACUGAUCCUAGAAAGGAACCUGUCAUACCAGACUUGAUCACAGGAACUCAAAAGCAAAUGGCAGCUGAAGGCCGUGCUUCUCUCAAGCCCAACCAUUAGGUUUUGUAGCAUCACAACAUGGCAGGAUCGGUCCAUGGGAUGCUGACAGGGGGAGAGGCUCUGUAACCUGAUAUUUACCAAAAGUCAAUAAGCGUCUUUCUGAUCAACAGGCAGCAUAUCCUGCUGUGCAUGGAGGCACAGAGGUCUCAGUGAGGUUACAGGGGAUUACAAUGAUAUGUCAAAAGGGGCUGAUGAAUUCAUUAGCAGGGAGGGGGCUGCCAUCAUAGCUAACCCCUGAGCAAACUUGCCUUACGCAGAUGCAGAUGGGUAGAGCAUAGCGCUCAGGGAUGUCAUUUGAUCUAUAGGCACAAGCUGCUCCCUUCAUACUCAACCCCUGGGAUCUACUUGCUGGCACCUCCCUGGUUAGUAUGGUCUCCACUCCUGCCUGCCUCCCUUCCCUCUCAGAGUGUGGGGUUCAAGCUGCCCGUGAGGAGUCUGUUAAACGCAGGCUAUUCACCCUGCGAGCUCUGCAACUUGCACCUUCCCCCGUCUCCCGCAUGCCUCUCUUGGGACAAACCACUCUUGUGCUUUGCUGUCCGGGGCUGCGGUUGUAGCACAUUGGGCCAAAUGCCGGCAAGGGGAACAGAUGCAAGGGGGACCUACACUGGCCAAGCAAUGCUGAGAUGGGUUGGAAAGAGCAGGGAUGUUUAAGAGGCACAAAGGCCCCAUACUGGCCCCGGCAAGCAGGCUGCAGUGCUGGGUACCACUGACUCGCAGAGGGCUCCCAGCCCUGUGACAGUGCAUGCGCUGGAGUUAUUGCAUCCUUAGAGAGGAAGGCAAAGCCCAGCUUUAGGGUUUGUCCUUCUGCUUUUCCAAUUAGCCCUUUUACUUGGAGUUUAGCUGCUUGUCUUUAGUUCUCAGACACCUGCCAUUACUUCCCUGUUAUGCUUGUGCUAACCUGGGCUGUUUCAACCCGAUUGCAUUCCUGUAAGAAGGCACUGUAGCUAUUCUGCGCGGGGUUCUCUGCAUUCCCAUCCAGGUGCCAUGAAAAGCAGGAGGGCACUAGAAUCCCACCAAGGGAACUUGCUGCUUGUGCCCCUCAGAGGGCUGUGAUCCCCCCCAGGGAGAGGGAGCAUUUCAGGAAAGGACCUUAAAGCAAAAGCCCUUAAAGGGUUGCAAUGAAGCACAACCUGCUCCAGUGGAAGCUUCAAAGAGAAGACGCUGCACUAGAUUUGGUGACCCGGUGCUCCACACGGCCACCUUGCUUGCUGUGAACUCACUAUGGCCUGUUACCAAGAGAAGCCAGAGUCCAGGAAGGCGUCUCUGUCAUGGCAAACUGCUGCUGUCAGCCCUUCAGCCAGAAAAACAUAUGUAGCAUUUGUAAAUUCACUGCAGUUUAUCGUGCUUUAUAAGACGUCAAUGAUCAGUCCUCAGAGGUAGGUAUUGUCACCCCAUUUCACAGAGGGAAAAUCAGAAGUCCAGAGGUUAAGUGAUUUGCCCAAAGCCCAGAAAAAAAUCAGUGUCAGAGCAGGGAUUAGAACCCAGGAAUCCCUAGGCCACUGCUCAGACCACUAGCCCAUUCCUGUCCUAUUGGAAAGGCAACAGGAUCAUCAGUGGUACCACCAGCAAGAUUUCUCUUCCCAGGCUUUACCCCCACCUGGAAAUGUUAGUUCAGGAAUUGUCACUGUUGCACUGAAGUUUCCCAUGACAAGCAGAAAGGUAGGAAAGGGAGUGGGGAGAUUGGACUGGUUUUGCCAGACUCCGAUUUCUCUGCUCUUCCUGCCACUCAUGGCACCAACGUGUAUGUCCAGGUGGGCACCAAGUCAACUCAGAAUCCAUGAGGGCUGAUGGGAGCAGGUAGGAAACGUGUAUAGUCACCUGUUCUUCAGGGAUGUCUCCAUCUGGAGUUCCUGCUGCUAGCACCCACUGCUCUACAUACUAGCCUGGGGGAACCUGGAAUGAGCAGCCUUCCUGGGGGCCCCUGCUCACACACACUGCAGGUGGAUAUAAGGGGCACGGUCAUUUUGUGGGGGAGGGAGGGGAAGAGUUCUCUAUCUAUACAACGUCCGUAGCUAAGCUCUUCUAGACAAACUGUUCUUACUACCCUGGGUGGGUGAAGCUUUUCAUGAGCUCGGACUCACACACAAGCUAUUUCAGAGAAUAGCAACGGCUACUUGCCAGAACCUACUGCACUUCUCCACUCCAAGCUGGAGGAGAUAAAGCAAUCAAUGUCUAGAAUGAGCCACCAAGACACAGCAAGGGAAUAAACUCAGAGAGAAGAGGCUUGCCCCUGAAGUGGGAGGUAGGACAAUUGCUCUUAACUGAGGGAAGAUGGAGAAAGGAAAUAAAAAGGAAUUAAGAAAGUGUUUAUAAGAGUCAAAAAGCUCUCGAUCCCCCCGCUCCUUCAGGUGACCAAAGGGUGUGAGAUAGGAAGCAGGCCAGUUUUCGAUCUCAUCCAGUUUAGGACGGCAUGCCUUAGAAACAUAGCAUUGUGGUAUGGAUGAUGAAUAUACUAUGUCUUACUAGUCUUAUCUAUGCCUUCAUUUAUCUGCUCAGUAAAACUCAUGGUACGGGGGGGAUGGGGGUGUAGCAUAUCUUUGGAGUGGACUGUCGAACUGUUGGGAUCAGUUUGGAUUUGAUCCUGGGGUUGGCGCGAGCAGUCGCGCUUCCAUCUCUAACCCAUGCAACAAGGGUUGGCAAGGAAGGGGGUUUUUUUCAGUGUAUGAGGGGGAAAGAGGGUGGGAUGGUCCUUGAAUCUGCAAUUUUAAUAACACAGUUUUGCUUUAUUGAAAUGAAUAAAAAAAGUUUUAAAAGAAAAAAAAAAAACCUCAAUGGGUUGAAGUUGCCAUGUUGCCAAUUGCAUCUUCGUGAAAGAGUUUGGAGUUGGAUUUCUGUUGCUAAAAGUGGUCGACAAAAAAAAAAACCCAAAACAAAAAACCCCCACCCCUUUAUCAGC